AUAAAAUAUGUGUCAAAAUGCACUGAUCAACCCCAUAAAAAGCUUCCAACAAAAUUGAUUCCUCCAACGUUCAAAGUUGAUUUUUCAUUUUGCAGACGCCGUAAAGAAUCUCGUGUGUUCCACAACACAACAAUCUUCUUGUCCGUAACAAACUAGAAGAAUAUCGGUGUGAACAGUACCCCAUGAACAGUUCUUAACAUAAAGUGGUUUCAGUCCUCUCAAUUGCAGUUGCAGUGGAUCGAACCGUGACCCUUCAUACUAAGUUCAAUGUCAAUCACUACUGAACCAGUAACAAAUUGUGUCAACUUUAAUACUACAAACAAGGCCCUAUCGUUCCAAAAAAGAAGAAGUAAGUCACCAUUAAAUAAUAAAUGCAGUCACUAUAUGAGGAGAGUUUGAUGCCAUGAUAUUUGUUGCAAUUUGCAACAAUGAUGCCAUGUUACAUUUAAUGAAGGUCGGUCCUAUAAGUUGUUUGUAACCAUGAGUCUUCAAUCUCUCAACAAACCUACCCAUUGAACAAUAGAGAAUCCUCUUUUAAUUAACCAAUGAAAAUUCAUUAUUUUUCUUUAAUCUUUAUGUGUAUACCAAAUAUCUCCAAGGUGUGGCUCAACUUGUUCCUCGUGGCCUCACAAGUCCAAAUAUAAGACUUUUCAGUUUUCACAUAGUCGGUGAAUGAUUUAUCAAAUAUAUAAUCAAAUAUAGAAAGAAAAAAAACACAAAAGAUCGAGAAAAUUGUGUAACAAAAAAAAAUGGGGAUAGUUGAAGAAGCUCACAACGUGAAAGUUUUAGGAAAAGGAAAUAGGUACAUAGUUCUAGCUCAUGGAUUUGGAACAGAUCAAUCUGUGUGGAAACACUUUGUACCUAAUAUUGUUGAUGAUUUUCGAGUUGUUUUAUAUGAUAACAUGGGUGCUGGUACUACUAACCCUGAAUACUUUGAUUCUGAGAGAUAUUCAAGUUUAGAAGGUUAUGCUUAUGAUUUAUUGGCUAUUUUAGAAGAGAUUGGAAUUGAUUCUUGUAUAUUUGUUGGUCACUCUGUUUCUGCAAUGAUUGGUGUUAUUGCUUCUAUUUCUCGUCCUGAUCUCUUCCAUAAACUCAUCAUGGUCUCUAGUUCACCAAGGUAUCUGAACGAUGUGAAUUACUUUGGAGGAUUUGAGCAAGAAGAUUUAAACCAAUUAUUCAAGGCAAUUGCUGAUAAUUACAAAGCAUGGUGUUUUGGGUUUGCUCCACUAGCUGUGGGUGGAGACAUGGACUCAGUGGCAGUGCAAGAAUUUAGUCGAACAUUGUUCAACAUGAGACCAGACAUAGCUCUAAUAGUGUCAAGGACAAUUUUUCAAAGUGACAUGAGGCAAAUUUUGAACCUUGUUACUGUCCCUUGUCAUAUUAUACAAGCUGAGAAAGAUAUGGCAGUUCCGGUGAUGGUCUCGGAGUAUCUUCACCAACACUUAGGUGGUCCGUCCAUUGUUGAGGUCAUGGCUACGGAUGGUCAUUUGCCGCAGUUAAGCUCGCCAGAUAUUGUUAUUCCGGUGUUGCUUAAACAUAUUCAGCUCAAUAUUGAGUCCACAAGCUGCCAAAGAAACUACAACACUUUCCAAAACCAAGACGCUUCUUCAACAAAGGCAACAAAUGCAGAGACUUCCUCGUUGAUGAAAAUGGAGGCAGAUUUAUAAUCUAAAGAGGCGUUGUCACGCGUCGGCUGCUUGGUGUUGCUAGCUAGUUAGGGACAAGAUGAAAGAAGUGUCAUUAAGAAGAAUAUGAUAAGUUAAGGGUCCUAGAAGAAGGAGAACAGUAACUUCAUCAAAGAAAUAUGAAAAAUUACUAUUUCCCCAUUUUCUAGUGUGAAGAAGGAAAGAAUUAGAGUAACUACAAAAUGUUUUAUUUUUUCAUUAUUUCUAAACUCAUUUUCUCUUUAUUUUGUCAUGUACUAUCUUAUUAUUGUCUUAGAAACUACGUUUUAAUUAGUGUAACAUGUGAAUCAUAUUUAAAUAUGUGACUCGUGAUUCGUGAACAAUUCAAAUAGGUAUUGUUACACAUUUAAGGUGAUGAUACAAUUGUUA